UUAGUUUAAGUGUCACUAUAACACAUGUUAGUUUGUGUUGCUUUGAAUGAACGUACCCUGCAGCUCAUCCAACAUGUCUAACAACUACUCCUCAUCCUCGCUGUGACCCUGAAAUAGGUCACAGCUAUGAUUAUGGUUUUACCUCCAUCCCAGAAACUCUGGGUGGGGAUGUUAGUGGUAAUGUUGGCGGUGGUGGCGGAGCUCCCUGGAGCCCUGCAGAAAUGCAUCUUUGACGAGGUUCAGGCCCAGGCCAGGGUGGUCCGAGCUGCACCCAUCCGCCCAGAGAGCCCACCCAACGAGCCCAGACUCGGAGCCGAAGAGCACCCGCUGACCGCUGGGCGUCAAACCAUCCGAAACCAUCCAGGACGGAGGGCAUCACCUCUGCGUGGCCUCGUGUCAGUGACACAGAGGAGAAGCCUGAGAAAGAAGGCACCGCCCACUCCUGCCUCUCCACAGCCAAUCAGGAUCCGGAGCUGGAUUCCGGCAGAGAGCAGCAACCUAUCAGAGACUGAGAAAGAGAGGCUGGAGGCAGCGGUGGAGGAGGCUGUGAGGAUGCUGUCUUCCCUAUUGUCAGUGAACAGAGUACCGGGUCCAUUGCUGCUCAGCAGAGACGUCAACAAAUACUGCAAGUUUCUCUGGAGGAAUUCAAAUACUGCUAACUACAACAGGUGUGGUGGAGCCAACAGCAACUACAGAACAGAGACCUGUCUGGAUGUGACAAUCCCAGAUGAUCAUCUGGCUGGAUGUGAUAUUUACACGGAGGCUGAUUCACCUCGCAGCACUGAGCUCCGUCCUGACGGUGCUGGACUCCCGGACGCCGACUUCGUGCUGUACCUCCACGUACGCGCCACUGACAAGUGCAGAGCAGAGCCUCAUGUGUUGGCCUACGCCGUGCACUGUCAGACGGACACUCGUGGACGACCUUUAGCCGGGGUGGUCGUCAUCUGCAGGGACAGACUAACAGGAGCCACAUACAACCACCAGGCUACUGUACAGACUGUGACCCAUGAGCUGCUUCAUGCACUUGGUUUCUCUAAAGAGCUCUUCCACACCUGGAGAGACAGUUCCUCCACUUCUCAAGUGGGUGCUGGCUGUUCUCCUCAAGGCAAAGUGACUCACUCUGAUGGAUCGGGCCAGAUGAGGAUUUACACCCCGUCUGUCAUCUCAGCCCUGCAGAGGCACCUGGCAUCCUCUGACCCUGAGCUAGGGGGGCCGCUGGAGAACCUGGAUGUACCUCCAGGAAAAGUGUCCUCUCACUGGGAGUCCCGGGUCCUGCAGGGCUCCAUCAUGGCGGCGGUGCUGGGGGACUCGACCACAGUCCGGAUCGACUCGGUCACCUUGGCUGCAUUACAGGAUACAGGCUGGUACACUGUCGACCUGAGCCGGGCACACAGUCUAGUCUGGGGAGACGGUGAAGGAGGCUUGUUUGGUUCCCUGUCAACCUGUCAGAACAAGUCCUCAUCCUUUUUCUGCACCGGCAGUGGAUUUGGGUGUCAUUAUCUUCACCUCCACAAGGGGGAGUGCCAGACUGAUGAAUACCUGGAGGGAUGCCGAGUGUAUAAACCCCUCAACAAUGGAAGUGAAUGUUGGAAAGAGGAAAAUGGCAGAGAAGAGGACUGGAGCGGGGAGAUCUUUGGUUUUCACAGCCGCUGCUUCUUCUCCAGCCUGACUAGACAGAACCAGAGUGAGUUUCUUUUAUCCAGCAGCUCUGUGGAGGGACGCUGUUACAGACACAGGUGUACUGGACUGAACCGGUACCAGAUCCAGAUGCCUGGCUCUGACUGGGUGGACUGUCCAGCAGGGCGCACCAUCCAGAUAAAAGGAUACCAGGGUUUAGUUCACUGUCCUGACAGGAGGUUAUGUCUGUACACUGACGUUACUCCUCCUUCAGAUGAUGUCAGCACAUUUCCUGCUGCUGUCACAAGUGAUCUCUAUGAGACUUUAACUUCAGCCCUCAACGGGACCUGGUCGCCCCUCAGACCUGCUGCAGAGCUCACUGCAGCCUCAGCGCUCGGCAUCACUGCUGCUGCUUGUCUCCUGGCUGCCGCCGUGGCGUCUUACAGGAAAUGUUGCUCCUGCAGGGUGAGGAUCCACUCUGCCCCCGAGCUUCACACUGAUCUGUAGCAAACACUCCUUUAAAAUGUUUUUCUUAUAAACUUUUUAGUGUU